AAUAAUUGACCACUUGGGCAGCUUUGUCUUCUUCCUGCUGCAACUACGUCGUCGAUCUCUUCUCUAUCUAACUUUUUUGUUCUUCCUAUUUUGUAUACAAGCAACAGGAUAUGCCUUUCGCACAGCUUGUCCUGGGAAGCCCAGGCUCUGGAAAGAGCACUUAUUGCGAUGGCAUGCACCAGUUCAUGGGCGCAAUAGGACGUGAAUGCUCCGUCGUCAACCUCGAUCCCGCCAACGACAAGACAAACUAUCCGUGCGCCCUAGAUAUCCGCAACUUAAUCACACUAGAAGAGAUAAUGAGCGAUGAUCAACUCGGUCCUAACGGUGGUGUCCUAUAUGCUUUCGAAGAACUUGAGAACAACAUGGAAUGGCUUGAGAAUGGAUUGAAGGAACUAGGAGAUUCAUAUAUUCUUUUUGAUUGCCCCGGUCAGGUUGAACUAUAUACCCACCACAACUCGCUCCGGAACAUCUUCUUGAAGCUUCAAAAGAUGGGCUAUCGGCUUGUAGCUGUACAUCUCUCUGACAGCUUCUGCCUCACGCAGCCGUCCCUCUAUAUCUCCAACUUACUCCUCACCCUCCGCGCUAUGCUUCAGAUGGACCUCCCUCAUAUAAAUGUCCUCACCAAGAUCGACAAGAUCUCCUCGUACGAUCCGCUACCCUUCAACCUCGAUUACUAUACCGAUGUUCAAGACCUCUCAUACCUAACGACAUAUCUCGAGGAAGAGUCGCCUGCCAUGCGCAGUGAUAAGUUUCGUCGGUUAAACGAAGCUGUCGCUAAUCUGGUCGAAAACUUUUCUUUGGUUAGAUUCGAAGUCCUCGCGGUUGAGAAUAGAAAGAGUAUGAUGCAUCUUUUGAGAGUGAUAGACAGAGCUGGAGGAUACGUGUUCGGUGGUGCGGAAGGAGCCAACGACACUGUCUGGCAGGUUGCUAUGCGAAAUGAGGGAUCGAUGAUGGAAAUCGAAGAUGUCCAGGAGCGAUGGAUCGACUCUAAAGAGGUGUACGACGCGGCGGAAGAGAAAGAGUGGGAGGAUCAACAAAAAAGGACCGGUGGUGACACUGGAGCCACGACGCCUGACUUGAUUCCCGAUGACGAUGAUGACGAGUUCGAUGGAAUGCCACCGCCGAUAGGGGACAGCGGGAUUAAGGUAGUACGAAAGAAACAAUGAAAUUGUCUCAAUCAUCAACUAUUUCCCCCAUUUCUACGUCGCUGUCAUCAUCCUCGACGCUUAGUAAGUCUGCCAUAGCAACAUCGGGUUGCGACCGUUCUGAUUUUCUAAACAUGUUGCUAAGAGGAUCAUCGGUCUUCUCUUUUUGGUCGUUCUGCGCCGUAAAAAUGAGGUCCCGAGCACGACGA